AUGAGUUCUUUUCAAGCUUCUAUGUUCAUUGGUUUCACCCCUAGGGUUAGGGCCAAUGGAGGGUGUCAUUCACCAUUUCAGCUUAGCGUGAAGCUUCCCCGUAGUCUUCUCCAUGUCAAAGCUCAGUUUUCACUACCCUUAGAGGUAGAUUGGAGGCGUGAAGGAGCUCUUACUAGUAUUAAAAAUCAGAAGAUUUGUGGGAGUUGCUGGGCUUUCUCAUCAAUCACGGCAGUGGAGGCUGCCCAUUACAUUGCUACCCAUUCCCUCCUUACACUUUCUCCUCAAGAACUUGUGGAUUAUGAUUUUGAAAGUGAUGGGUGUGAACAUGGCUCGGUAGGAGAUGCACUAAAUUAUAUUCAAAGGUUUGGUGUGGGACUUGAUGCUCAUUAUCCCUACAUUGCCUAUCAACAGGUUCGAAAGGGUGAUGGCAUUUAUACGCAUAAGCCCACACUUGGGGAAGAGUUGUCUUACCAUUCGGUAACAAUUGUUGGAUUUGGCUCCAACAAGGACGGGGACUACUGGUGUGUCCAGAAUUCCUGGGGUGAUACAUGGGGAGCUGGAGGCUUAAUCUACAUACGGAGGAACACCGGAGAUCAACAAGGAAUUUGCGGCAUCAAUAAGUACCCGUGCUACCCAAUCAUAAGAGGAGGGUGA